AUGGCAAACACUUAUGAUUUCUUGAAGACAAUUGACCUGCAGCCAUCAACAAACAACAGGUCUCACCACACUGAGGAGAUAGAUACGAAAAGGCUGAUUGUCAGGAGGGGACAGCCUUUCAGUAUGACGAUACAAUGUCGAGAUGUGUCUCGUCUGCAGAUGGCAGGGAGUUUGGAGAUUAUUCUGCAUACCGGGAAAGAAGACUUCAUUCAAAUUCAAGUGCCUCAGUCAGAAGUGGAAACCGACAGUUGGUGGUUUAGCCUUCAGGCUGGCCCACAGGACAUCCUGCUGAAUGUGUACAGCCCUGCUAUAGCAACUGUUGGCCAGUACAAGAUGACUGUUCUGUGCUUAAGGCAAGGACAGGUCCUGCAGCAGCUUUCAGGAGGAAACUUUCUCCUCCUUUUUAACCCCUGGUGUAAAGAUGAUCCUGUGUACCUUCCCCAACAGCAAAUGCUGCAGGAGUACAUACUAAAUGAAAAUGGGAUUCUUUUCCAAGGGUCCUGGAACAAUAUCUACUCUGUGCCCUGGAAUUUUGGACAGUUUGAGAGAGAAAUGGUGGACAUCUGCUUUGAAAUCCUGGACAACAGCCCAGCAGCUCUGGAUGAUCCUAUUAGUGAUGCUUACAAAAGAAAUGACCCAGUGUACGUGAGCCGAACUGUCUCAGCCAUGAUUAAUGCCAAUGAUGAUAGAGGGGUGAUUCUGGGACGCUGGGAUGGAAGGUAUGAAAAAGGGGUCAUCCCCACUCGCUGGACUGGCAGUGUGGAGAUCUUGCGCCGCUGGAGCCAGGCGGGCAUGAAGCCGGUGUGCUAUGGCCAGUGUUGGGUGUUUGCUGGAGUUGCCUGCACAGUAAUGAGAUGCCUGGGUAUCCCAGCGCGGUGUGUUACAAACUACCUGUCAGCUCAUGACACAGACAGUAAUCUUCGAGUAGACAGAUACUAUAACGAGUCCAUGGAGUUGCUGCCAGGCAAGGAGAAGGAUUCAAUAUGGAAUUACCAUUGCUGGGUGGAAUCAUGGAUGUGUCGACAUGAUCUCCCCAUUGGCUUUGAUGGCUGGCAGGUCUUAGAUCCGACUCCACAGCAGAGGAGUGAAGGUAUAUACUGUUGUGGACCCUGUCCUGUAAAGGCAGUAAAAGAGGGACGCAUAGAUCUGGAUUAUGAUGCUCCCUUUGUAUUUGCUGAAGUGAAUGCAGAUGUGGUUUGCUGGAUAGUCCAUGAGGAUGGAAGACAAACACAAAGCAGUUUGCAGUGCAGGAAUGUGGGGAAGUGCAUCAGUACCAAGGGCCUCUCUGGGGAUACAAGAUGGGACAUCACUGGAGAGUACAAGUACCCAGAAGGAUCUGCAAUGGAGAGAGAGGUGUACACCAGAGCCGGCCUGAGGAACUCUCUUCGGAAGUCUGGAGGACAGAGUCUGGUGCUGAAGAUGAAAGAUAUGCAGGCAAUUCAUGGCAGUGACUUUGAUGUGUUUGUAGAGGUGCUCAACAGGAGCUCAGAGGACAAAGACAUCACCCUGACAGUUGUGGCAAGGGCGGUCACUUAUAAUGGGAUCCAUCUCUAUGAGUUAGAAAGGAAAGAGUCUUCAUUUUGCGCUCAGGCUUACAGAGCCAAAAAGGAGCCACUUCGUUUGAAGUAUGAAAAUUAUGGACAUCGUCUGUCUGAACACAACUUGAUCCGCAUCUCAUCUCUGCUCAGGCAGGUGGGCCAUAGCGAGAUGAUUGUGCAUGAAAGCGUCAUCUCCCUUGUCAUGCCUCAGCUGACUGUCAAGAUAGUUGGAGAGCCAGUUCUAUUCCAGAAGCUUACUGCACUCAUCACGUUUGUGAACCCGCUGCCCAUCACUUUGAGUGGAGGGACUUUCACCAUUGAAGGUGCUGGGCUGACUGGUUUGCAGGAAGUCAAAUGCCCAGAUUCAGAGAUCAAAGCUGGACAGCAAGUGGUGGUGAGUGUUUCUUUCCAACCCACUAAGCCUGGUCUGAGGAAACUGCUGGUGGAUUUUGAGACAGACAGGCUAAAAGACAUUAAGGGCUCCACUUUUGUCAUAAUACAAGGUGGCAAUCAAUAAACUGCCAAAUGCUGGACCUGGACGUCCACUGUGAAGAGGGUGACUUCAGCUUUGCACCACAGGAAACAACUAGAGAACUUACAAGAAUAGCUCUUACCAGGACUUCCCUGUCUAAUAGUUUUCUGUUGUUCCUCAGUGUGUCUUUAUGCAAGUCUUUGGGGGCCUUCCUAAUUCCCAAGGGUCCAUAUUCCAACUUUCUUUCAAUUCUUGCUAUCCCCAUGUGUAGUGGCAGUGCUGACUAGGAAAGGACCUCUUAAAGGUCUGUUUGAGUGCUACAGUAUAUUACAUCUACAGCCUCUGGGAAAAGCCCUGAGGAAAGAGGCCAAAGAUGUACACACUUCUCAAUUUUCCCUUUUAAAUAAUGAAUCUACAGCCAAGCCCGGGCACUAAUCAGUCUUUAGCUUGUCCUUAAAAAUAUAUUAAUUUAAAAUGGAGCGUAGACAGACCAAAAUCACCCUGACCCUGAACUUUAUAGCCUUCCUCUGAGAAUAUGAUCUUAGAGUGAUGUGUUAAUAAUGGGAAAAAUCUCCAGCUUUUAUAUAGUAAGGAAAAGCAGAAUCUGGUUGGGUGCAGAUGCACAUGAAAGUUGUCUUUUUUAUGCAUAUUAUGGGUUAUGAACUAGGACAAAUUAUUUUCUCAACCACAUAAAAAAACUAAUCUUUUUGCCAUUAGUGCAAUGAGAAGUCAAGCAAAAUGACACCUGCUAUUGUCUAACUGAAGAGAUUACAAUAUACAAGCUUUCGAGACAGCUCAGGCCCCUUCUUCAGACAGGUUUUAUGACAUUUAUUAACGUCAAAAUCAUGAUUUGUCCAGAGUCCUCGUUCAUACUCACUAUUACGUAGAGAGCAGGUAUUGUUGUAUCUUUUGGCACUAAUAGUACGCAUCAAACACCAGCCUCAUGCCUGAUACUGCCAACAUGGUGUACCCAUGUCCUUC